GCUCACACCUGAGCAGGUGCCUUGCUUUGACAGCUCUACUUCCAGGACCAAGUUGCCAAUAUUCCUUAUUUUAGGGUUGUCUGCUUCUAAUUUUAUCUCCUUGCAGAGGAGCUGGCAGAGCAAUGGAACCCCUGCCUGGCUUACAUCUGUCCUGACUCUUCAGUUGUGACUAACCAUGGGCCGUAAAGCUGAAUCCAAGCCACCAAUGGAGGAGAUUCCUGUCCGGGUAGCUGUUCGCAUUCGACCCCUGCUGCCUAAGGAACGGUUGCAUGGGCAGCAAAUGUGCCUGCGAGGAGACCCAGAGACUAAGGAAGUGACCCUGGGGCACAGUCGCCAUUUUCACUUUGAUACUGUCUUCACAAAAUCUGCCAGCCAGGAGUCUGUGUAUUCUGUUUGUGUGCAGCCACUGGUGGAGGCCUUCUUCCAAGGCUUCAAUGCUACUGUCUUUGCCUAUGGCCAGACAGGGUCUGGCAAGACCUACACCAUUGGAGAAGCGACUGUCUCUUCCAUCAAUGAGGAUGAGCAGGGCAUAAUCCCUCGAGCCAUGGCUGAGGUAUUCAGACGCAUGGAUGAGAAUAAUUUAUUAGACUACACGGUCCGUAUUUCUUACUUGGAAGUGUAUAAGGAGGAAUUCUGGGACCUCCUGCAAGUGGAGACAGCGAGCAAGGACAUUCAGAUCCGCGAAGAUGACAAAGGCAAUAUUGUAUUGUAUGGGGUGAAGGAAACUGAAGUGGAAGGCCUGGAUGAGGUCUUGAGUCUGCUAGAAAUGGGCAAUGCAGCCAAACACACUGGUGCCACCCACAUCAACAGGACAUCCAGCCGCUCACACACUAUCUUCACUGUGACAAUGGAGCAGCGCCAGAGUGCUGGACGCCUCACUCACCUUGCCCUUCAAGACAAGAUUUUGGUUCCAGUCUCUGGCCAAGUUCUGGCCUCCAAAUUUCACUUUGUUGACUUGGCUGGCUCUGAGCGGGUGGUGAAGACUGGGAGUACAGGGGAGAGGCUCAAGGAGAGCAUCCAGAUCAACAGCAGCUUGCUGGCACUGGGGAAUGUUAUCAGUGCCUUGGGGGACCCCCGACGGAAAGGCAGUCACAUUCCCUACCGGGAUUCCAAAAUCACCAGGAUUUUGAAAGACUCUCUGGGUGGGAAUGCUCAAACUGUAAUGAUUGCCUGCGUCAGCCCCUCCUCCUCUGAUUUUGAUGAGAGUUUGACCACACUGAACUAUGCCAGCCGCGCUCAGAACAUCAAGAACAAGGCGGUGGUGAACUGCCGCAAGGAGGCAGAGCAUGUGGUGGAGCUGCAGCUGCAGAUAAAGAACCUGCAGCGAGCACUGGAUCAGCGGCACCGCUCAGAGACUCGCAUCAUCAACCAUUCUGACCUGGCCCCCAAGCAGCUGUCACAGGACCACCCUGCCCGCUUGCUCACAGAGUGUGCCCACUAUAGGACAUGCACCGAUGCUGCCUACCGGCUCUUGACAGAAUUGCAAGAAGAAGGCAACCUGACUGUGGAUCAGAUCUUGAGAGUGAAGGAGUGGCUGUGCAUUGUGGAGAGUGAGAGAAGCAAGCUGAACUCAGCCUCUGGAUUAGACAGUGGUAUUGAAAGCACUUCAGCCGAAAAUCAGAACCACAAGGUGCAAAAUUCAGAAUUAUCUAGCAUUCAGCAGGAGAGCCACACAAAGGGAUGUGAGACAGUUAGAGAGGACUCUCUGCUGAGGCUGGAGAGACAAGUGGAGCGGUUGGAAGAGGAGAAUCGGGAUUUCCUUGCUGCCCUUGAGGAUGCCAUGGAGCAGUACAAGCUGCAGAGUGACAAGUUGCAGGAGCAGCAAGAUCUCAUCUCUGAACUACACAAAUGCCUGUGGAUGGCAAGGCCAGGCUCAGGCGCACCUGCAUUGCUACAAAAUGUCUACCUGGUUCAGCUUGGCCAGAGACCUCACACAGCCCCCGUGGAUACUGCCCAGUCCCCCCGCUGGCCCACGCUUGGCUUUGCCAACCACAAUAAGCUCAGCAGUCCCCCAGCUUACAGUGGAAGGGGCUUGUUGGGGUACCAUCAAAAUUGCUCUCAGAGUUUGGAUGCUAAUGAUGGGAUCCUGAUGCAGGAACUUGACAAGGCUUCAGAAGGUCUGGGGGAGCCCUCUGAGGCAGAAGAAGAGGAGGGAGGAGAGUGUGAGCGGACACAGUCCCUUUACCAGCUCAGAAAUGGGAUCCACAGCUGGGUUAAAAAGAAGAUUUCGAGCAAAAGCGACCCAUUGUUGAUUCAGGAGGAACCUCCAGAAUUAUCCGAAGCAGACAGCAGGAGACCAGAGCUAGUCAAUGUCGGGGAAGGCUUUUCAGGUAAAGAUUCCGAGUGGCGGCUGGUUCAAGCUCAGCAGAAGAUUCGUGAACUGGCCAUCAACAUCCGCAUGAAAGAAGAUUUGAUCGUGGAACUUAUCAAGACAGGCAAGCAUGCACAGACCAUGAACAAGGAGUACUGCCAGAAGAUCUGUGACUUGGAGCAGGAGGCAGAGCAGGUGCGAGUGGAGCUGGGUGAUAGCCAGAGACAGCUGCAGGAGCUGGAAGGCAAAGAGCCCCGGGACCCUGGAGAGAAGUGGAAGUUGCAGGAGUGCCGCAGCAAAGUGGCAGCGGCUCAAAGUAAGGCAAAGGUUCUGCAGGAAAAGAAGCAGGCGACAGAGAGGCUGGCAUCUCUUUCCACUCAAAGCGAGAAGCGGGUGCAGGAGCUGGAGAGGAAUGUGCAACAGAUGCGGCAGCAGCAGAGGCAGCUUCAGAGGCGGCUGCGAGAAGAGGUGGAGCAGAAGCGGCGUCUGGAGACAGAGAUGCACAGAGGGCAGCAUCGGGUCAAGGAACUGGAGCUGAAACAUGAACAGCAGCAGAAGAUCCUGCGCCUCAAGACGGAAGAAAUUGCCGCUUUCCAGAGGAAGCACCGGAGCGGAAGCAAUGGCUCCGUGAUCAGCCUAGAGCAGCAGCAGAAAAUCGAGGAGCAGAAGAAGUGGUUGGAUUCAGAGAUAGAGAAAGUCCUUGAGCAUCGCCAAGCCUUGAAUGAGCUGGAAGAUGAGCUGUCAAAACGUGAAACCAUUGUGGUAAAAAAGGAAGCUCUCCUUCAGGAGAAGAACGGCCUGGAAAAUAAGAGACUUCGCUCAAGUCAGGCCCUGAAUGAUGACAUCAUGCGGGUGGCCAGCCGCCUGGACUAUCUAGAAAAGGAACUCAUGCAGAAGAGCGGACAGCUUUGCCACAGUAGUGACAAAGACCAGCAGCAGAUCCGGAAAGAAAUUAACAGCUUGCGUCAAGAGAAGGACCAGUUGCUUAAACAAAGGCUGGAGAUAGACAACAAGCUCCGGCAGGGCACCUUGUUGUCCCCUGAGGAGGAACGGAUUCUCUUCCAGCUAGAUGAGGCCAUUGAGGCUCUGGAUGCUGCCAUCGAGUACAAAAAUGAAUCAAUCACUUGCCGGCAGCGUGUCCUGCGAUCAUCUGCCAGCCUCCUGUCCCAGUGUGAGAUGAACCUCAUGGCCAAACUCAGUUACCUCUCUUCAUCUGAGACCCAGGCAUUGCUCUGCAAAUACUUUGAUAAGGUGGUGACUCUGCGAGAGGAUCAGCACAAGCAACACAUUGCCUUUUCGGAGUUAGAGAUGCAGCUGGAGGAGCAGCAGCAGCUGGUGCUCUGGCUGGAAGUGGCGUUGGAGCGCCAGCGCCUGGAGAUGGACCGCCAACUGACCCUGCAGCAGAAGGAGCAUGAACAGAACAUUCAGCUUCUGCUGCAGCAUAUCCAGGAGCAUGUGGAAGAAAGACAGGCAACCAGUAGGCUUCAGUUCCAAAGUAUGAUCCAAGCCCUGGAGAAGGAAUUGGCCCACAGCAUGUGGGUAAACCAAGAACUGAACCAGAAGCUGAGUACAAGCCUUCUGGGAGGCCAAGGCAGAGGAAUGGAAAGGAACAUAGGCAGGGACAGACCAGCUUCACUUAGAAUGCAAGAAAACUUCAGCACAAACUGCAUGCUGGAACCACCAGUGGAGAAGCCCAGGGACUUGGUGCAUGCACCUUUACCAUCCACUUGGAAGCGCUCUUCGCAGUCCCCUGCCAACACACUAUUACCAGAAGACUUUAACCAGAAGAACAUUGAGUUUCUGCUCCAAGCUGGUCAGGCAAGGAAAAUAUCCCCACCCUUAAACUUCGCUCCUGUUUUGAAAUCUCGCAAGGAAUUGUAUAGAGCGGCUUUGAAUGUUUUUCCUGGACUGUCUGGCUCAGCAAUCAUAGAUGUCAGGAAGAAUCCACUCUAGGUAGUACCUUCAAGGGAUAUGUACCUUGAAAAGAAUUCAGUAUUUUUCAGAUCUGAAUAUCAGGGGCCUGAAACGUAUCAGUAUUCCUAGUUUGGUAUUCAGAUCAGGUAAUUCUAGGAUUCCAGUAAUAUUCAGCUCCAUUAUUCCUUAUGAGGAAUCUUUCUUCUAGGGCUUAAAAAAAGAGCAAAUGGCACCAACAUUGUAGUGGAGCUGUUACUUGUCCGUUAGAUAACCUCUAAAUUUCAAGUGAAUUGGACCUUUUGUAUUGAGCAAGGUGCCCUCAGCAAACUUCCAUUGUUUCUUAUAGGAUGGGGAAUUCCAUGCUUUCUCUAGGGCAAAGAAUAGCCAAAGGUACAAGAACAAGCAAAGCAAUCACUGGCCAAAAACUAUUCAAAGCAGACAGAAUUAUCAGGCCUAGAGAGCCAGUGCAGGACAAUGUGGCAAGCCUAACACAACGUGAGACUUCAAGCCAAUGUCAAGCGAGAGAAUCCUCCAAACUGAACAAUGUCAAGUCAGACAAAUGUAAAAUCUGAGCAGACAUAAAACAUAAGAAUUCGCUGCAAAGCUCAAACCCAACCUAACCCAAGGAAAAAGCACAGUGUUGCAAUACCAGCAGAUUUCACAGGACAGAAUCAAAACCAAACCGACAUGACAAGCUGAUACCCUCAGAAGAUAGACAGACACACAGAAUUUUUUUUUAAAAAACAACAUCCUGGGAGCCUUCAAAUGCCAACUUCCAACAUUUACGGUUACUCCUGAAUAUUUUCAGACACCCAAAUAUAUCUGGAAAAUACUUUUUCAGAUAUAUAUUCAGACCAGAUAGAUCUGAAUGCACAUCUUUAGUAUCUUCUAAAAGCUGCUUUGGUUCAGAAGUCUGGGCAUAUGCUAGGGCAAAUGCUUCUUUAGAAAAACACACAUCAAGCUGGCUUGAUACUGAUACUUUGAGUAGAGCAUCUUCCCCCAGCCCUAAACUCAGCACAGCACAGGUAAAAAGCUUCACAUUUUGGUGCUUCUUAGGCAUAGAUGAAGUAAAAGCAAACAGUCUCAUGGAGAGCCGGUUUGGUGUAGUGGUUAAGUGCGUGGACUCUUAUUUGGGAGAACCGGGUUUGAUUCCCCACUCCUCCACUUGCACCUGCUGGAAUGGCCUUGGGUCAGCCAUAGCUCUGGCAGAGGUUGUGCUUGAAAGGGCAGCUGCUGUGAGAGCCCUCUCAGCCCCACCCACCUCACAGGGUGUCUGUUGUGGAGGGAGAAGAUAUAGGAGAUUGAGUCUCUGAUUCAGAGAGAAGGGCGGGGUAUAAAUCUGCAAUUCUUCUUCUUUUAUAAGGGGAGCCUUGUGUUCCAAUUCUGGGAACUCCCCAUAAGAAAGACCACCGCCUCUGGCACAAGAGCUCCUUCUUUAUUUAGAGGUGGGAGACAGUCACAGAUUUGCUGUCUUAAGUGAUGAUGGAGAGACCAAUGUGUACAUUGCUUUUUUUAUACUGUAACUUUUUAAUAAACAAGCAACCUUUCUGUAA